AUGUUUCCUUUUGAGAAAACUUGUCGUACUUGUAUGAAGAGUAACGUAUCAUUAAUUAAUUUAUUUCGGCCCUUGACAAUCGAGGGAAAGUGCUCGUUAAAUCUCGCAGACGUGUUAAUAUUAACAAAUACACUAGAGGUCAGCGUAGAAGAUGGGUUACCACAAAAUGUAUGUGAAGAAUGUGCGAAAGAUUUACAAACAAUAUAUUCUUUCCGAAAGAAGGCGCAAAAAGCAGAAACUGAAUUAAAAACAUUGUGUGUAUCAAAGAUCAAAGAUGAGGUAGAUUUUAUAUACAAAGAAGAAGUAGGAUAUACAAACCCUUAUGAAUACUUAGAAUAUUCACACGACGACAUUGAAUCUAGAACAUACUUUUGUAACAUUUGCAACAAAGAAUUUCAUAAGCAUAAAAAGUUCCUGAAUCAUUUAGAAUCUCAUGAAAAUGGUAAAUACAAAUGCACUACUUGUAAUAAAUCCUUCCAUAGACGGUCUUCAUUAAACAAACACAUUAGUAAACACAUUGAAGUAACAGAUUGUGGAAACCCUGAUGAUUUAUCGGGAAAUGCUACCGAUAUUGAUGUGAAACUAGAAGAUUUCAAUGAUCUAUAUAAAUGUACUGAAUGCAACCUAAUAUUUGAGACUCAGUCGUGCUUGUUAGAUCAUAUGAAGCAACAUGUCGAAUCUAGCACAAUAUAUGUGUGUGAUAUUUGCAAGAAACAUUUCUAUUUGGAGACUAUAUUCAAACAUCAUAUGGAAGAACACAAAACGCAAACAAUUUCAAACCAAUGCAUGAAAUGUCUCGUUGAUUUUGUCAGCUACGAAAGUCUUUUACAGCAUAUGGACAGCUGCGAUUCUAACAAAGAUGUAAAAUUGGUGAAUGAUAAUGAAUUUGAAUAUAUGGAUUCAGAUGUAUUACUCAAAGAUAAGUCAUAUAUAGAUAAUUUAGAAAAUGAAGAGGAUGAUAAAAGUAAGAAAAUAUUCAUGUGCAACACUUGUAGUAAGGGAUUUUCGUUGAAAACAUUACUGAGACGUCACAUGAGGCUACAUUCUACUAGCAAACCAUUCCAAUGUACAAAGUGUACCAAAUCUUACACACGACAAGACCAGCUAGUGGCACAUAUGAGAAUUCAUGAUGGAUACAAACCGUAUGCCUGCCCACAUUGUAGCAAAGCAUUUACCCAGCAGUGCAGUCUUAAAGAUCAUGUUCGUACUCAUACAGGGGAAACUCCCUUCCUAUGUUCUGAAUGUGGAAAGGGUUUCGCUAACAGUUCAAAUUUACGACAACAUUUAAGAAGGCAUGCCGGUGUUAAACCGUUUGCUUGUAGUUUAUGCCCUAAGACAUUCUCAACCAAAGGUCAAAUGAAACAGCACAUAGAAACACACACAGGCGUACAUCCAUACAAAUGUAGUGUGUGUGGCGCCUCCUUCACUAAACCUAACUCUUUAAAGAAACACAAGUUAAUACAUUCAGGAGUGAGGCCGUUUGCUUGUGACACUUGUAAUAUGAGGUUUACAUGCAAGGACCACCUGACUCGCCACAAAAGGAUACAUACAGGAGAACGACCGUAUCGCUGUACACACUGUCCGCGGACAUUCACACAGAGCAAUGACCUCAAUAAACAUGUGCGGUCGCAUCUCGGACAGAAUAUAUAUCAAUGCACGGUAUGUCAAGCUAAAUUCAGAUUAAUGAGAGAAUUGAAAAGUCACUAUCCCAUACAUUACAUCAACGACCAAAGGGAGUCUCAGAACGAGGAAGUGAAAAAUGACAAGACAGACGGACAGAUCACUAUAACAUUCAAUAGAAAUUUAAUAGAUAAAGACAGUUUAGGAGAUAUCACAAUAAACAUUACACCAGACAAAAUAACCAACUGA